GUUGAAUGACCAGUUGAACAAACAGAUGAGCGACAUAGCAGGGCCUCUGCUCCACUCCUUACAUUACAGACAAAAACAGAAUGGGAUAUCACUUCAUCGUGCAGCGUCGGAUAAUAACCCAUCCUCUCCGUGGAUAGGGGUUCUAGUACCAGCUGCUGCUAAGAUGUGAAUGUCUUCUGUUUGAGAGGCUACACAGUGAAGCAAACCCUUUGUGGAUUAGUAAAGUUACUGCAUUUGCAGAAGACAUCAAAAAUGUCAGCUGGUGAGGCCUACGUCACUCUGGCCACCACAGACUCAUACUGCAUGGGAGCUAUAGUGGUAGCUAGAAGUUUGCGGCAUCACGGGACAACUCGCAGUAUCGUCGUCAUGGUCACGCCAGAUAUCUCAGAACAGUCAAGGCUCGCCCUGAAGAAUGUGUUUGAUGAGGUCAUUGCGGUGGAUGUGAUGGAUAGUAAGGACCUUGUCCACCUGUCCUUACUUGGACGUCCUGAGCUCGGCAUCACUUUCACCAAGAUCCACUGCUGGACUCUGACCCAGUAUAGCAAAUGUGUCUUUCUGGAUGCUGACACACUUGUUCUGUGUAAUGUGGACGAGCUGUUCGAAAGAGACGAGCUGUCGGCAGCUCCCGAUCCUGGCUGGCCUGACUGCUUCAACUCUGGCGUGUUUGUCUUCAGACCUUCCCUCCACACACACAGAGGCCUCCUGCAUCACGCCCUGCAAUGCGGCAGCUUCGAUGGAGGGGACCAGGGCCUGUUGAACAGCUUUUUCAGCAGCUGGCCGGUUGAAGACAUCAGUAAACAUCUGCCGUUCAUCUACAACCUCAGUGGCAGCUCUGUGUACAGUUACCUCCCUGCUUUCCAACAGUUUGGCCACAAUGCAAAAAUCGUCCAUUUCACAGGAGCAGCGAAACCCUGGAACUCCAGCAGCCAGAGGGAUGACAGCUGCUCAAACAUUAUGGAACAGUUCGAAUCUCUGUGGUGGAAGGAAUAUCUCAGUUACUCGACAUCAUCGCUACCGAAGAAACAGUUCAGGCAAGACAACCAGAACCAGAAAGUGCAACAGAUCCAAGAACAAGAAGCCAAGAUGCCAUUUAAAGAAAACUUGGACAGCUCCAAUUCUCUACUUGCACAUUUUUUAAACCCUUCCGAGAGGCCUUAUUCACCGCCUGACCCAAAAACAUGUUCCAGCACAGAAGACACGCUACUGGAAGACGAGUCAGAAACGUCUCCGAGGACAGAAAUCCAGGAUGCAGAGCAGGUGGAGGACAGCAGUGGAGCAGCAGACGCUGGGAUGCCUCCUGAGGCUGCAGAAACAGAAGCAGAGAGGCUGGAGCAUCGCAGGCUGUGGGAGGCCGGGCAGAUUGACUACAUGGGCAGAGACGCCUUCCAAAACAUCCAGAGGAUGCUGGACCGCUUUCUGGAUUAAUCAACUCUGUAACUUAAACAUACCCAUGUCCUUUAUUUUCACGAUUUCGCUGGUAAUAACCUGGCUGAAUUUCUAGAAUGUGAUCUCAGGAUUUGACUGAUUUACAGGCAGAUAAAAAUACAACUUUUUGUAUAUUUAAAGGCUAUGAUAUCACCUUGUGGUCCUCCUGAGCUGAGUAUGGGGCCAUAUGGGGACUUUGAGUCUGACCUGGAUAAAGGAAUUCUGAUACUAGAACCAACAUUAACGCCGUACCAGUUUGUACUAAUUGUUUCAUUUAUGGUUUUUCUUUUAUAAUAAGAUCAGUGCACAGUAUAGGGAUGUGUGUGAUGAGUCAGCAGGUUGUUCAGUGUAUAUGUAGGUGCCAUUUCUAAAGCUAAGAGUGUGUAGGACACCAACUUACAAUAUAAGUAGUAACUUUUACUCAGGGGACAGGUGUUGCUGAGUGGAGGAGGACAAAUGUUUUUGUUUUUGUUUUUUUUGGUUUUGUUUUGUUGCAUUUGAGCGCUUUGCUAGAAAAAUAUGUACUGUUGAAAAGUUUGGCUGUAUGAAAAUAUAUGGACACUGGUUAUACAUGAAGAACAUGAACUCUGAGCAAUAAAUACUCCAUUAAAUACAA